UUGGAGCUACUGUGUUGCAACUGAACGGGGAGUUCUUCCUGAUGAGCAGCCAGCACCUGGACAUCUGCAGGACACAAGCAACAGAGUUUGGAUCAACUAGUCUUAAAUUGUGUUGGUGGCAGCAAAGCCCCUGCUGUCUUUCCGUCCGUCUGUCACUGUUGUUGACAAUCAUCGAAGAAGAGCAGGUCCCUGUAUGAUCAUGCGUCAAAUUUCGGCAUGGGUACUCAAGUGAAAGACGUCUUCAUUAGUCCUGACGCCCCCCACACUCUCCUGCUGGACAAACAUGCAGACUACAUCGCUGCUUAUGGCUCCAAAAAGGAUGACUACGAGUACACGCUGUCUGAGUACCUGCGAAUGAGCGGCAUCUACUGGGGUCUGACGGUGAUGGACCUGAUGUCUCAGCUGCCGCGCAUGAACCGCCAGGAGAUUGUGGACUUCAUUACGGCGUGUCAGCACGAAUGCGGCGGCGUUGGCGCCAGCAUUGGCCAUGACCCACACUUGCUCUACACACUCAGCGCUGUGCAGAUUCUAUGCUUGUAUGACAGCGUGGACGCACUGGACGUGGACAAAAUUGUGGAGUACGUCAAAGGGCUGCAGCAGGCCGACGGAUCAUUUGCAGGAGAUAAAUGGGGUGAAAUCGACACACGAUUUUCCUUCUGCGCAGUGGCCACCCUUUCGUUACUGGGCAAGAUGGACGCCAUCGACGUGGACAAGGCGGUGGAGUUCGUCUUGUCCUGUAUGAACUUCGACGGUGGUUUCGGCUGCCGGCCCGGGUCCGAGUCUCACGCCGGUCAGAUUUACUGCUGCACGGGCUUCCUGUCGCUGACGGGCCAGCUGCACCAGCUCAACGCCGACCUCCUAGGCUGGUGGCUCUGCGAGAGGCAGCUACCGUCAGGCGGCCUCAACGGGCGGCCCGAGAAGCUUCCGGACGUGUGCUACUCCUGGUGGGUUCUGGCAUCCCUCCGAAUCAUCGGCAAGAUUCACUGGAUCGACAAGGACAAGCUGCGCUCCUUCAUCCUGGCCUGCCAAGACGAGGAGACGGGAGGCUUUGCCGACCGACCGGGCGAUAUGGUGGACCCGUUCCACACUCUGUUUGGUAUCGCCGGACUCUCCCUGCUGGGAGAUGAGAAGAUAAAGGCAGUGAAUCCUGUACUGUGCAUGCCCGAGGACGUGUUGCAAAAGCUCGGACUGAAGCCGGAGCUCCUCAGCUAACCCUCGUAUGUUAAUUGCACGGACACACUCCGAAAUUGUCCUCACUAAACAUUCCUGUCUGCGAAACUCACCAUCAAACAAUCUUGAAAUCCUUUAUCACACAAGGAUUCUAGUUUCCAUCGAUUUCCUAAAACGGCUAAUUUACAGUCUGUGGAUCAAUCGGUUACUUAAAUAAUGAAAUGUGAAUUGAGCGCCCCAUUUUAUUUUAUCUUCUGUAUAAAAAUCAUUUCGUGUGAAUAUGUAACUUAUUUGUUUCCUUCAGGCAAUAAAUGUUUAGAUGUGCUCCUUA